AUGACCACCUCAAUCAACACCGAUCCGCAGGAUACGGUCUACGAUUAUAUCGUUUGUGGAGGUGGAACCGCCGGCGCUGUUCUGGCUGCACGUCUCGCUGAAGAUGAGAAUAACUCAGUAUUGGUGAUCGAGGCGGGUCAGCAUAACUCUCUGCUUGAGAACACCAUUAUGGUUGGUGGAUGGUCACAGAAUUUCGACACAGAAGCAGACUGGAAUAUUACAACAGAGCCAAGUCCUGGAGCAAAUGGUCGCCAAGUCAAAGUCAGUCGAGGAAAGUUCCUUGGAGGAUCGAGUGGUGUCAAUGGGACACUAUGCAUUCGAGGAACCAAGCAGGAUUAUGAUGAUUGGAAUCAACCGGGGUGGAGUGGAGAUGAAGUGUUUGGUUAUAUGAAGAAAGCUGAAAACUUUCACGACAAGAAGUGGUUCGAUGCAGAUAAAGAGGCUCAUGGUUACGAUGGACUUUUGGAUAUCGAACCACACGAUUUGGUCCCAAUCUCAAACAUGAUUCUUGAAUCCAUGCAGGACCAAGGUCUGGCUUUACAGCCGGACAUGUUCACAUCUGGGAACAAUCCACAUGGCUGUGGGCACGCUCCAAGAACACAUUACAAGGGCGACAGAACGACAUCAGCCAAUUACUUCCGUAACAAAGGACCCAACCUCGCCAUUAAAACCGACACUAUCGUUGACAAAGUCUUUCUUGAAGGGGAAGCAGAAAACCUGAAGGCUGUUGCUGUCAAAAUCAUCGAGAAAGAUGGAUCAUCGAAAGAGCUCAAAGCGAAGAAAGAAAUUAUCAUUAGUGGAGGGGCAUACUGUUCACCAACUAUACUUAUGAGGUCAGGACUCGGGCCAAAAUCCGAGCUUGAGAAACAUGGGAUCGAUUGCAAGAUCGACCUCCCAGGUGUUGGUCAGAAUUUGAUGGAUCAUUUGAUUGUUUUCAUCUUCUACCAAACUACCAAGCCGAACAUCACCAACGACCACCUCUUAUACAAGCCCGAUGCCCUUGGUGAAGCAUACCGCCAAUGGAAAGAAGAGAAACAAGGACCAUUAUCUACCUUCCCAUUCGGAGCAUUCGCCUACGCCCGUCUCGACGAACGUCUAAAAUCAGAACCUCUCUGGAAAAAUGCACCCCGAAAAGAAGGUUGCGACCCAAUGGGCCUCAAACCUAAUCAGCCCAACAUCGAAUUCUUCAGCACCGAAUGCUACGGCGGUCCAAAACAAUUCGACCAAUAUCCAGAUGGCGAAAAGACACACGCUUUCUCCCUAAUCGCAGAACUGUUUUCUCCGAAAUCUCGAGGCUCGGUAACUCUCAAAAGCGCAGAUCCUAAAGAUAACCCCGUUGUGGAUCACAAUUAUCUUUCGGAUGAGCUGGAUGUGUUGGUUCUGAGUGAAGCUUGUAAAUUCGCGAAUGAGAUUAUUACGAUGGGGAAGGGGACGAAGGAUAUUGUAGAGGGUAGCUGGCCGAAGGAUUUAACGCAUCAUACGCAUACGAAACGAGAGGAUUGGGUGCCGUAUGUUAAGGACAAUGCUACAACAUGUUAUCACCCCGGAGGUACUUGCAAAAUGGGCCCCGCAGACGACCCGAUGGCAGUUCUCGACCACGAACUCCGAGUCCGUGGUGUCAAAGGUUUGCGAGUCGCAGAUACGAGUAUCAUGCCGCUCUUGAACCAAGGCCAUACGCAGAUGCCGGCUUAUGCGAUUGGCGAGAAAGCUGCAGAUUUGAUUCGAGGAAAGUUUUUGAAGUUGGCGUCGGUGGAUUCGGCGAAUAUUAAGAUGCAUGAGGCGAGUGCUAUUACGGGACGCGAGGAGGUUAAUGGGAAUGGGACUGUGGUGUUGAAUUGA